AUGUCGUUCCCUACACUACACGCCCGCGCAGAGGCCAAACCGCUUGAGCACCGUUCGUGCCUCACUCCUACUACCACCAAGAAGCUGCUCGAUGCUGGCUACCCCGUCGUCGUCGAGCGCUCGCCCAAGGACCCCAACUACGCCCGCAUCUUCAAAGACGAGGAGUUUGAGCAGGCAGGCGCGACCCUCAUCGAGGAAGGCGCAUACAAGAACGCGCCCAAGGACGACCGCAUCAUCAUCGGACUGAAGGAACUACCCGAAGACAAGUUCCCGCUCGAGCACACCUUCGUACACUUUGCGCAUUGCUACAAGCAGCAGGGCGGCUGGGAGAACGUCCUCGCGAGGUUUCCCCGUGGUGGAGGCACCCUGUACGACCUCGAGUUCCUGCAGGAUGAAUCAGGCAGGCGCGUUGCGGCCUUUGGCUACCACGCGGGCUUCGUCGGCGCUGCCCUGGCCAUCAAGACCUGGGCAUGGCAACUCACCCACCCCAAAGGCGAGCCCCUUCCCGGCCUAGAAACCUUCACCGAAGGACGGGGAUACUACAACAACGAGAGCGAGCUGAUCGCCCAGCUCAAGGACGAUGUUGCCGCUGGUGAGAAGGUUGCUGGUCACAAGCCCACCAGCCUGGUACUGGGUGCUCUCGGACGAUGCGGCUCCGGCGCUGUCGACCUGCUGGAGAAGAUUGGCUGCCCAGAGAUCAAGAAGUGGGAUCUGGCUGAGACCAAGGAGCGCGACGGCCCCUACCCCGAGAUCGUGGAGUCUGACAUCUUCGUCAACUGCAUCUACCUCUCCAAACCCAUCCCGCCCUUUGUGAACAAGGAGAGCCUCAAGUCACCAACCCGCAGGCUCAGCGUCGUCUGCGAUGUCUCAUGCGACACCACCAACCCACACAACCCCAUUCCCAUCUACGAUAUUAACACCACCUUCGACAAGCCCACAGUUGAGGUCUCUGUUGAGGGUGACGGCCCGAGGUUGUCCGUCAUCUCCAUUGACCACCUUCCGUCUGCGCUACCCCGCGAGUCCUCAGAGGCCUUCAGCAACGCUCUGCUGCCCAGCCUCAUGGCCCUCAAGGACCGAGCAUCUACACCAGUAUGGCAAGGCGCAGAGAAGCUGUUCCAGGAGAAGGUCCAGACGCUACCAGGCGGUGUCCCCAAGAAGGAAGUAUAG